AUGAUCAAACCACUAGAUCAAUUUGAUGACGCCAGUGGAGAUGGCGACCAUAUUCAACCACCCCAAAUCCAGGAGCCAAAUGAACUCCCUCGACAAUUCUCUCUUUUGUCCACUCUUGCAUUUGGUUUCAGCAUGACAAACUCCUGGCUCGGUUACUCUGCCACUUUCAUUACGCCAUUAUUGCUGGGAGGGAGUCCAAUGGUAUUCUUUGGGCUGAUUGCUGCAUCGGUCGCGAGUUGCUUCAUCACGGCGGGUCUGGCUGAGCUCGCCUCAGCGUAUCCAUCUAGCGGCGGACAAUAUCAUUUUGCUUACAUGGUUUCCGCUCCGAGAUAUCGUGCUCUAGUAGCCUUUGUCAUGGGAUGGUUGAGUGUAGUAGCAUGGGCCCUCACCAGUGCAUCCACCGCUCUAGUCUGUGCUCAGAUGGCUGGAAGCAUUGCUGGCCUAUACCAUCCGAAUUACGUUGCAGAGGCUUGGCAGACAUGGAUGAUAUACACCUUGUUGGUCUUGAUUGCAACCGCAAUUGUCUGUCUGUUGCCAGCAUCCCUUCCUAGAGGGGAAAUGGUGAUGUUCGCCAGCAGUUUUCUGGGAUUCCUUGUCAGCAUUGUCACGGUCUUGGCUAUGCAGACAAAUAAACAGUCAGCCAAUGCAGUAUUUGUCGACUAUGAAAAUACCAGUGGCUGGAGCGAUGGUACCUCCUUCAUAAUUGGGCUUGGCACAUGCAUGUAUGCAUAUUUGGCUAUUGAUGGAGCGUGUCAUAUUGCAGAGGAACUGCCAAACCCCAGCCGUGAUGUUCCUCGUGCUAUGGGGCUUACCAUUAUCAUUGGCAUGAUUACAGUCAUCCCUUGGACAAUUUCGUUCCUUUUCUGCAUUUCAGAUACAGAUGCGGUCGCCUCUUCAUCGAUUCCAAUCUAUACGAUUUACCUGCAGGCCACGAGAAGUCAACCUGCGGCUACAGUUCUCACUGUAUGGAUUCUCUUUGUCUAUUUCGGGGCCCUGGUAUCAUGCAUUGUAACAACUGGGCGACUUGCAUAUGCCUUUGCUCGUGAUGGAGGGCUUCCAUAUUCGGAGAUUUUUGCAAGGGUCCAUCCUACGCACCAGGUCCCUAUCAACGCGACCGUGGCAUGUGCUGCCGUCGUGAUAAUCUACGGCCUAAUCUACAUUGGUUCCUCGACAGCUUUCAACAGCUUCAUAUCUAUGUCAAUCCUGUCGCUCAAUUUAACUUACGCCCUACCCCAGGCUAUUCUUCUAGCCAGAGGUCGAGAAUCUAUCCUCCCAAGACGCCCAUUUACUUUGGGUCGUUACCUGGGAUCGAUCUGUAAUGCAUUUUCAAUCCUAUGGGUUCUAUUCAUCACCAUCAUGUUUUGCUUCCCUACAUCUGUUCCGACCACAGUCGCUGGUAUGAACUAUGUUAGUGUUAUUAUUGUCGGUAUCUCAUUUUUGAUCUUGCUAUCUUGGUGGGGAGGCAAGAGAAACACGUUCAGUGGACCUGCAAUUGAGAUUCAGGGACUCGAUGUUGUGCUGCAGGAUAAUGGUCUGUCUUCAGUAAUACCAUCAAAGGGAAACAACUAG